UCGACCAUGUGCUCGCUGAGCAGAAUGCAUUAUUCAUUGAUUCCAUCAUUUAAUUAGUAUAAAGGCGUUUCUAACCAGUCAAAAUAUAUGUUGCCCUUUGCUUUCCUUGGUUACGCUUUAAGCGUAGCAACCGAAAUAUGUUAUUUAUGUUUACCGCAACCAGUAUAAAUAACAUAAACUGAUUCAUUCUCUCUGAAAUGUCUCGAACGAGCCAAGGUUCUGUGAAAACUAAUGAACGAUCAUUGAUUUCGAAACCCAUCAGAAGUUCAUCAUGUACAAUCCCAUCGGAAAUACUCGAAUACGACUACUCGUAUGGCUAUGACUGCAAGCGCCCUUUCAACCUGUGUAAAAUCGAUGAUGCAACGCUUGUGUUUGCUUCCGGUAAUUUGAUACACUUUUUCGACGUGGCAACGCAAACCGUAACCACCCGGCGAUGCUCGACCGGCGGUGGAAUAGGAUGCAUCCAGACUAACCCGAACCCCAAGCUGUGUCAUUUGACCGUGGGUGAAAACGGAACCAAUCCACCAAUCAUCAUCUAUCAGUAUCCGGAGAUGAGCGUAGUGAACUUGCUGCAGAACGGUACCACCCAGGCCUACAGUCGCGUCGACUACAGUGCUGACGGAGAACUGUUGGUCUCGCAGGGUUGCGAUCCGGACUACAUGCUGACCGUGUGGAACUGGCGCGAAGCGGAAAUCAUUCUACGCUGCAAAUCGUUCUCCAACGAUGUGAUUAACGUAAUGUUCUCGCCGACGGUAGCCGGCCAUUUGACUUCGUGUGGCCUUGGUCAUAUAAAAUUCUGGAAAAUGGCGGAAACGUUCACUGGCCUUAAGCUUCAGGGUGAACUCGGUCGCUUCGGAAAAACCGAAAUUUCCGAUAUUGUAGGCAUUCUUCCGAUGCCUGACGAAAAAGUCCUAUCUGGUUGCCAGUGGGGAAAUGUUCUCGUAUGGGAAGCUGGUCUUAUAAAAAUAGAGGUUUGUCGCAAGGGACGUAAACCGUGUCAUAAAGGUCCCAUUACGCAGAUAAGUGUACGCGAUGGCGAGGUGAUGACUUGCGGAAUGGACGGCUACAUCAGGAUGUGGUUCUGGGAAACUGUUGAGCUAGCUGACCCCCCUGAUGACGAUCGGGUGGUGCAAAUUGAACCCAUUAUGGAGUACAGAAUUGGAAAUGAUCUGUGCCCUAGUGAGUUGAUGUGUUUGAUAAAGAAAGAAGGAGAAUAUGAGUGGUAUGCUCAGGAUGGAAAUGGAGGAAUUUGGCAAUGUGACAUAACGCCGGCCUACAAACCAGCUGAACCUCAGCAGCUUCUAAAGUGUCACUCAGGACCGAUAAUGGCGGUUCAAAGCAGUCCUACCACGCACCACGUGGCCACUUUGGGAAGUGAUGGCAGACUAUUCAUGUAUAAUUAUUUGAAGCGAAACAUGAUUUUUGAGUACCAAUUUGCCGCAAAUGGACAUACUAUGCUUUGGCUUCCUGUUACAUUGGAGCCCACAGGGAUGAUCCUUGUGCUAGGUUUUGGAGAUGGAUUCAUUCGUAUUAUAAAGGUUAACCUUAAUGAGUCGAUUUCUGAAUGCCCGGUUUGCAUAGUUCAGAUCAUGAAGUCUCAUUCCGAAGCUAUUACUACACUGGCCAUCAACGAGCGCGAGACCAUAUUGGUAUCGGGGUCGGAGGAUAAAUCUAUAUUCGUACAUCAAUUGAUUAGAGGAAGUUCAUUCGUAACAUUAGAACCAAUUGGUCUCAUAUACACCCCGUCAGCAGUUUCAAACAUCAAUUGGAAACCGAACACAUUUGCUACUGCCCUAAUAGGUUGCCGUCAUGGACACGUACUGGAAGUUGAAUUGCCGGAAACCCCAAAGGACUACACCGACAUAUCGUACCACUUGAAAAGCAUAGAUAUACGCCAGUUGACGUUUCAAUCAGUGAAGUCUGAAAUAAAACGGAACAUAAGAGUUGCGGAAAUCGAGGAACGCAAGCAACAGAAGCGAGCAAAGAAAAAGAAAAGCUUAGAAAGAAUUCGUGAAGAAAACCCAGGAGUCGAAAUCGAUGAAAAUGCUUUUCUGGAAGACUCUGAAGAAGAAGAGGAAUUAGAACCUUUGUACAUUCCAAAGAUUCCCAAUGCCGUCCUGUGGGUACAGUACACGGAAGAGGAUACACUGUGGCUGUCGAUGAGCGGCUACGAUGCUGGAUUUGUCUACGAAUACGAGUUUGAUGACGAAGAUCCGGUAUCAUGUACGCCAGUUCCUGGAGCAGAAGACACCGAAAUAACCACAUACAUCUACGAUCAAGACUAUCUCAUAUUCGGAAUGGGAGACGGUUCGAUUCGCGUGAACCGAGCUAAAAACGACUUCAGAGAUUUGAACGAAUUUUUCACGCUCAAUAUGCAUUACAAUCUCAAUGGAAAAGUGUCUGGAUUGACAUUCAGUUGUGAUAAGCAGUACCUUUUCAGCGUUGGAACAGAUGGGAACUUAUUUGCCUACAAAUGGUUCUCAUCUACAAUGCCUAUAGCGUCACCGAAGUCCAGAUCUGUCGAUGUACCCUUCCCGUGCGUAGAAGACAUCAAGGAUCGUGCAUAUUUAUCACUUGAACAGCAGAAGAUGAAACAAGAGAAUGACAGAAAAGCUAAACUGCUGAACGACCAGAAAGACGAAAUCCUGAACACCGUAGCCGAUUACCGGAAACAGUUUGAGCAGAUCCUGGAGAGAAAUCUGUCGCUCCCGGAAUCGCAACGUUUCGCAAUGGAAGAUUUUACUUUGGAUGAAAGGAUCACUCUGGACCUGAGGAAGGAGCUUGAGGAAAAAAUGGAUCUCGUUCGUCGGAAGACAGCAUUCGACGUGGAAAAGGCACGGCUAACGGGGGAAAAGCUGAGAAACUUUUUUCUGGAAGAAAUGGAGAGCGCACCGAUUGAAGUUCUUGGUGUAAGAAUAUCGACCUCGGUUAAAUCAUUCAGGAUAGGAAAGCUCAAUGAUGAGUACUAUCAGACAGUAGAAGAUUUAGAGCACCGAAUUGAAGAAGAAGAAGCCAGAAGGAGAAUGGUUAAAACUAUCGACCAUUGCAAGUUAGACAAGCGCGAAGACUCCCAACUAGAUAAGAAAGAAUCUUUUCUCGAAGGAUUAACUCAAUCAACGAUAGAUUUUAAACUGGAAACUAAAAUGCGUCGCCUGUUAGCUAAAUACCGCGAAAGAAAAUCAAAAGAGCGUAUCCGCAAACUAGAGUGGGAAGAAUUAAAAAAUCGUAAACCAGAUCCUAACGUCAACCAUCCCGAUGACGAUAUAGCAAUCAAAGAGGCAGCAAGUACCAUCGGAGACUACAAACUGAAGACAGAUCUGGACUAUGAACCCAACGAAGAGGAACUGGAAACUACACUGACCAAGUAUCGCGACUUGUUGCAGGUGAGGAAAGAAAUGUUCACAAUUCGUAGUGACUACAAUGGUGAAGUAUUUGCUCUGAGAGCUAAAAAGAAAGAAUUGACGCAAUACGUCGAGCAAAAGAAACGAAAGCUAGUGGACAUCCAUGAAGAGAUUCCUGAGAAUCAACGAAAAAUGCCUCCAGUUGAGGUAAUCAUCAAUACGGCUGUGGAGUAUCCAGAAAACGAAUUCGAAAUGUCAGAUGGUGCAAAUACUCAGGUGGACGACAGUGAACCCAAGGCAAAGCUAUUAGAAAGGGGAAGCACCGAAUACGCCGAUCGAAUGCAAAAAUAUGUGCUAGGCUUAGCGAAACUCCCGAACGGUGGCACAUGUACGCCAUUGGGAACGGAGUGGGAAAAGGAGCUAAGAGAGAUGAGAUUGAUGAAAAAGUUGUUCAAACAGGAUAAAAUCAUAACCAAAAUCAAUAGGAAAAUUGACGAUUUCGACCAUGAGUUAACCGAGCUUUCCGAGCGCCGAAUGAAGAUUGAAGUGGACGCCAAGUACUUGGAAAUUUACCAGCUGACGCUUUACCAAGAACUUUGGGUUUUGAAGGACUUCGAAAAAAUAGAGCGUAAAAUGAUUGGGAUUGUAGAAGAAUUAACUCUUGAGAGAAACAGUUUACAAAACUCCGUUGUUGAAUCUAAGCAGUUCAUAGAACAAUCGAAGCUAGAUAUGGAACUAAUACGUUCGGAGCAGAAGACGAUUUUCCAUCAGUUUAUGUCUAGUUGCUCGGAUAAUAACUUUACGCCAUUUUUGAAACGCAUUUAUAAGAAGAAGUAUAAACCAUGUAAAAUUAAUAACGACAAAGACGAAACUGAAUCCUCGAGUGAGUAUUCCUCCGAAGAUAUCGAUGCAUUGGAUAAUGCUGUCGAUACCGAGGUUAGCAAAAUAUUCCUAGACGAGCAACCGUGUCCAAUUGGGUGUGACCCGGAACUGUACGAGCUCACUAUUAAGCUGAGGAAUGAGAAGAUUGAACUGGAAAAAAAGUAUUAUGAAGAGAAUAAAACACUGAAUGAAACAAUUAAAACUAUGGAAGGGUUCAAGAUGAAACUAGUCUACGUAGAAUCCAGAUUGAACGAUAAAAAACGAGAGUUGCUAAAUUUCAGGCGAGAGAAACAAGCGAGACUGAAUGACAUAGACACUCUUGUCAUAUUGAAGAUGGAUCAAAUGCAAUACUUUCGAACGGAAACUGAGUUCUACGAUAUCGAAAACAGUUUACUGUUCAACAACGAGAAACUGAUGAAACUGUAUGCCCGCGUUAGUCAGUUGGCUAUGGAGACACUAGAAACUAAACGAAAACAUCGCAUUAAUGUUGUGCAUCUAGCACGGAUGCGCACGGACAUCAAAUAUAUGGAUCAACAAAUUAUCGUGCUGAGAGAGGAAAUCAAUCAAGCAAUGAUCAAAAAAUUCGGAAGGGUGAUCAACCUUGAUGAACUGGAGGAAACUAUUUUGCGAAAGUUCGCUUUUGAAAUGAGGGCCAACAUGGAUGACGUGAAGAAGAGCUAUGCGGAAAGGACCAGAGAUCUCAAAAUCCUGUAUUCGAAGAAGCAACAGGAAUUGGCAAAGGUGAUUCAAGAAGGCACAGAGAAGCUACACGUCUUGACAGUUCUACAGGAAGAAUAUAACAAUUUGACAAAAAUGUUGGCACACCAGAAAAAACUAAUGGACAAGAAAGAUCAAAGCCCAAUCAAUUACGAAUCAGAUCUGGUUAAGCUCAAAGAAAUAGCAAAAGCUCAGAAGGAACAGAUCAAUAUGCUGCAGAGAGAAAUUCGAACAUUAAGUAUGAAGUGUAAACCGCUGAGUUCGGAUGCUGCUCAAAUCUUGGAACCUAUGCAACCGGGAAUGAAGCUUGGAAAAAUAACGGACGAUUCCACCUAUCCUAAUGUAAUGGAUUCAGCACCUCCCAGUACAAGAGCCAGUUCACCGGACAACUUUUUGUAUAAUGAAAUUUCCUCAUUAGUUGAUGAUUUCUUGGUUGAUCAUUUGGGAACAUUUGUUCAAAAGUCGGACAUCAAGAGAGUUGUAACCCAUUUGUCUCACUAUCUGUCAAACAUUAUAGCCAACUUCGCUCCAGAGCAUGCCAGCGAUUUACUUCCGCAUAUCAUCGAAAACUUCAAGUCCUUUAUUCCGGAAGAACUUCUUUUGACUAUCCCUCCCCAGUCUAUCGCUGAGUUGAUCGAGAACAUAUUCCGUACAUUCAAGGAAGGCUACGAUAUCGACACCAAGGAGAUCCUCAACGAGAUCAUUAACAAUAGUUUGGAAAUGGUUCCCCCAGCUUCGCAGAACUACUCGCACAACAUCCUAGCCGAUAUACUUAAACAAGUGGUAUCGACGCUGCAUGUUACCGACAUCAAUCAUCCGGAAACAGUCAACUUCAUUGCCAAUGGUUUACGGAAUAAACCGGGCAUUGACCCUCCCGCAGUGAAUGUAGAGCAGCUGACCCUUGAACUGCUACAGUACGCUUCGGAGAACAUGGUGGACGAUGUCACUGAAGACACUAUCACGCAUAUCAUCGAAGGCAUCCUGCAGUUUAGUACAAAGUAAUGCUAUUACGAUUUCUUCUACGAUUCAAUGAAUCCCAAUCUGCUGUUUGUAAUUUUACUGCACAUCGUUUGUUGAAAUAAACCACCCCUCUUAUAACCAGAUUCUGCUGAUAUCAAUCCGGCUAAGGUCGUUCCGAUAUAAAUCACCCAAAACCCACAACAGUAAAAAUUUAUUGACUGUACUUUGUUAGAUUAUCACCUAACGACAAGCUGAUAAUACGUGGGGCUGUUUGAGCAACCAUUGACGAAACAACGCAUUGGCGCCAACU